AUGGAAGCUGAAAAGGCAAAAGCUGAAGAAAAACCGACACAGAAGGUCGAGAUUGAUGAAAGUGAAGCUAUGAUAAAAGUUGAGACAGAACCAAAUGUGAUUGAGAAGGUGAUGGAGAAAAUUGUUGAAGUGGAUAAAAUUGUUGAAGUGGAGAGAAUAGUUGAAAAUAUUAUUGAAGUUGAAAAAAUCGUCGAUGUUGAUAAGAUAGUUGAAGUUGAAAAAAUCGUCGAAGUAGAGUUUGUGCAGGCAGAAGCAGCCAGGGUUCGAUUCCUGAAUACUUUCCGCAUAAAGCCUGAGCAGAGUUUGAAUCAGUUUUCGAUCUUAGAACGAGAGCUAUGUCAGAUUGCGAUCCCGGAACAACUUAAGGGGGAGUCUGCUUGCAAAGGGGAGUCUGAAGGCAGUAAAGCCAGUUUCUAA